AUGUCUUUAACACUAUUACUUAUAUGUCGCCGAUCAAUAAGUUUAUCAAAUUUUUCAUCAAUACGAUCAUCACUUUUGCGUCCACUUAAUUUUUCCCAAACAAUAUUUCUUGCUGAAUCAUCAACAUUAAAAUCAAAAUAUAGUUCAUUAAAACCUUCAUCAUCAUCUGUUCAAAAUCCAUUUCGUGAGCCAACUGAUGAAAAAUCUCGUCGUCUUAAAUUACAAGAACAUAUUCGUUUUCGAGAAAAAUUUCAAUUAGAACAAGAUUAUGAAUUAAUAUAUACUAUGCCUAGACAACGAAUGUAUAGUGCAAUGCAUUUAUUAUGUACAUGUGGUAGUAUAGCAAUGUUAACAUUUAUUAUAAUUCAUUUUCAUCGUGAAAUGCUUGAUAUAGAACCAUUACUUGAUGAUAUUAAUCAAAAUAUACCAUCAUGGAUUCUUUAUUCGAUUGCAGCUAUGAUUAGUUCAGCUUUUGUAGCAGUAUUAGUUCUUUUUUCUCGAAUGCCAAUUCGAUUGUAUUAUUCACAUGUUCGUCGUUCAUAUGCAUUAUUUUAUCAUCCCGUUAUAGGUGUAUUACGUAAAAAGAAAAUUUUAUUUCGAAAUGAUCAAUAUAAAAUAAUUCCACAAAAAUUAGAUAGUAUUGAAGCACCACAACGAUCUAUUAAAAUUCGUAUGGACUUUGGUGCAGGUUUAUUUAAAACGAGAAAGAGCUUUUAUUUAAUUGAAACUUUAUUUCGCUCAAAACCUGAUAUUCAAAGAAUUAAAAUAAAAGAUAUUAAAGACAAUGAAACAAUAAAUAAUGAAAAAAAUAAAGAACAAUAUCCAACACAAGAAGAAACUGAUAUUUGGGAAACAGUUGUUGAAAAAAAAAAAUAA